GCGGCGGCCUCGGGCGCUCACCAUUGGCCCGCACAGCCGCCUUUCCGGGGCGUGGGCGGGGAGUGGGCGGAGCUGCGCGCUCCGGCAGGGCCUGUGAGGAGUGACUGCGGGGUCGCUGGGCCGCCAGGCGCGGGGGCGUAGUGCUGGAGCCAGGGCCCGGCAGUGUCCUCGCGGCUACAGGACGCUGACGUGCGCUGGACUCCCCAGGGGCCCCACUGCGUUGCAGGCCCCCAGCAUGGAAGCAGGCCGCGUGGAGAGCCCGUCGGUGGUGUACCAGAGCCAGGACUUCCUGGUGGUGAACAAGCACUGGGACCUGCGCAUCGACAGCAGGACGUGGCGUGAGACCCCCUCUCUCCAGAAGCAGCUGCGCCUCCGCUUCCCCGAGUUAGCGGACCCGGACACCUGCUAUGGGUUCAGGUUCUGCCACCAGUUGGACUUCUCCACCAGCGGGGCCCUCUGUGUGGCCUUGAACAAGGCUGCAGCGGGCAGCGCUUACAAGUGCUUCAAGGAGCGGCGUGUCACCAAGGCUUACUUGGCUCUGGUGCGGGGACAUGUCCAGGAGAGCCGGAUGACCAUCAACUAUGCCAUCGGCAGGAACAGCACAGAGGGUCGGGCUCACACCAUGUGCAUCGAGGGCACACAGGGCUGUGAGAACCCAAAACCAAGUGUCACGGAGCUGGUGGUCUUAGAACACGGGCUGUAUGCGGGUGACCCCGUCUCCAAAGUGCUGCUGCAGCCCCUCACGGGCCGGACGCACCAGCUCCGCGUCCACUGCAGCGCCCUGAGCCACCCUGUCGUGGGGGACCUGACCUACGGGCAGGCGUCGGGCCGGGAAGACCAGCCCUUCCGCAUGAUGCUGCACGCGUUCUACCUGCGCAUCCCCACCCACAGCGAGCGUGUGGAGGCCUGCACGCCGGACCCGUUCGUGCCCGCACUCGAUGCCUGCUGGAGCCCCCACACCCUGGUGCAGCCGCUGGACCAGCUCGUCCAGGUCCUGAGGGCCGCUCCCGACCCUGAGCCCGCAGGCGGGGGCCCCAGGCCUUGCAGCACCCCCGCGCCUCCCCCCAGGGCCCCCGAGACACAGGCACAGCGGGCCUCGUGCCUGCAGUGGCUGUCAGAGUGGACACUGGAGCCCGACAGCUGAGGGCAGCGCGGCGGGUGGGAGCGCCGGCUGGGGCCCCUAGGGGUGGGGGCUGCAGGGGAGAACCCUAGGCCUGUCCCGAGUCGGGGGUGUCCCCGUGUGCGGCCCCACUGCAGACAGGGACCAAGGCCUUGGCUGCUGCAGCGAGACCUGGAGAGGGGCCGGCAAGGCCAGCAGGGGGAGCCAGGCCGCCAUGAGUCUGGAGGACAGGCCUUCCUCCAAGUUCCCUCUCCCCCAGGGGAAACAAGGCCUGCUUCCUGGCUCCACAGCUCCAUCCCUCCUGGCUUGUUUUAGUAGAUUUGCCCAGGGCCACCCUGCAAGAGGCAGAGCCGAGAGCUGAGCCAGCCUCGAGUUGGGCCCCGCCAGGGCCCCUAGCCCAGGCCCCAGAGCACCCUGCUCCUCACUGUCGUCAGACCUCCUGUGCUAGUCAGCCUCGCCUGGCUGGGCGUCCCCCCGUGCACCCUGACCCAUCCUGCCCAUACGGUACUGCCUUGUGCCUUUGCUUCUACCAGACUCUGCCCGGGGACCUCCUGUCCCCCCCGAGUGGCGUGUGGGGGAGGGUCUGAGCCGCCCCUCUCGGCCCUCUCACAACACUAGGCAGCCAGCGGCCCUGGAUUUGGGCGUGGAAGCGAGGCCGGCCGGCCCCUCUCCUUUCAGUCCCGGACAACACAGCCCCGUCAGCCUGCUGCCGCUGAGCGUCGGGGACUCAGAAUAAAUACUCGGUGUCUGACCCCA